AUGGUGAAGUUUUCUAAACAGUUUGAGGGUCAGCUUGUGCCUGAAUGGAAAGAGGCUUUUGUUGAUUACUGGGAACUCAAGAAAGACCUCAAGAAAAUCCAUCUCCUUAACAACAGGGACAACAACAAUAGCCACAAGAACACCCCCACCAAGCACAAUCAUCACCACUCUUUAACUAGCAACUUCCUCUCCUCACUUAAGGAGUUCUCUUUAUUUGGUCAUCAACACAAGGACCAUGAAGCCAUUCAUGUUCAUAAAAAACUUGCAUCUUCAGCUAGUAAAGGUGACAUGUAUGAGACAGAACUGCUUGAGCAAUUUGAGGAUGGCGAUGCUGCAAAAGAGUUUUUCUCAUGCUUGGACCUACAACUUAACAAAGUUAACCAAUUUUUCAAGACCAAGGAGAAAGAGUUCUUGGAUAGAGGGGAUUGCUUGAAGAAACAAAUGGAGAUUCUUGUUGAGCUCAAAGCUGCAUUCAAACAAAAGCGCGACAAAGCUGCUAAUUCUGCUCAGGAUUCCACUGAGGAUGAAUCUAUUAACUGCUCCAUCUCUUGUGAGGAAGAUUCUGUGAAAGACAGAACAGAAGAAGAGCUGGUUCAAUACAACAGCACAGAUGAACUGGAGAAAAAUGAAGUCCUGGACUCCCCAAGAACAGAAGAGUUGGGAAAAUCAAUGAGGAUGAAAAGAGAGGAUAGCAAACUGACGACACUUUCAGGCCGUGCUUUCAAUUGCCAAGGGAAGAAUUUAAGGAUAAACAUUCCUCUAACAACACCUUCUCGCACUUUCUCGGCGAUCAGUUAUCUUGUUUGGGGAGAUUUAGUUAAUCAGUCCUCCAAGAAAUGCAACUCUGAAGGGAGCAAGCUGCAUAUCAACAAAACAAAGUUGCAUCAUGCAGAGAAGAUGAUUAAAGGAGCAUUCAUAGAGCUCUAUAAAGGGUUGGGCUAUCUCAAAACUUACAGGAACUUGAACAUGCUUGCUUUUAUAAAGAUUUUGAAGAAGUUUGAUAAAGUAACUGGAAAACAAGUUCUUCCCAUCUAUCUAAAAGUUGUGGAAAGCUCCUAUUUUAACAGUUCAGACAAGGUAAUUAACUUAGCCGAUGAAGUUGAGGAUCUUUUUAUUAAACAUUUCGCUAAAGAAGAUCGAAGAAAGGCCAGGAAAUAUCUUAAACCGCUUCAACAUACAGAAUCACACUCUGUCACCUUUUUCAUCGGACUGUUCACCGGGUGCUUCAUAGCCCUCCUUGUUGGCUAUGUCAUAAUGGCUCGUAUCACGGGCAUGUACAGACGACAGCCAGAUUCAGUAUACAUGGAAACUGCCUAUCCUGUGCUCAGGCAAGUGCCAAUGCUUAGGAACCUUGAGUAUGUGGCGUGCUAUUAUUUAACUGGGAGCUACAAAAAUCAGGACUAUGGCUACUGCAUGAGGGCCAAGCAUUACCGCGAUCUUGCUUAUGCAGUGUCCUUCCUACCCUAUUACUGGAGAGCAAUGCAGUGUGCUAGGCGAUGGUUCGAUGAAGGACAGACAAGCCACCUUGUAAAUCUAGGUAAAUAUGUGUCAGCAAUGUUAGCAGCAGGAGCCAAAGUGGCCUAUGAGAAAGAAAGGAGUGUUGGAUGGCUGUGCCUUGUUGUAGUUAUCUCAAGUGCUGCAACAAUUUACCAAUUGUAUUGGGACUUUGUAAAGGAUUGGGGUUUGCUCCAAAUUAAUUCCAAGAAUCCCUGGCUAAGGAAUGAAUUAAUGCUUCGUCAAAAGUUCAUUUACUACUUCUCCAUGGGAUUGAACCUUGUUCUCAGGCUUGCUUGGCUACAAACUGUUCUCCAUUCGAAUUUUGAGCACGUUGAUUACAGAGUGACUGGACUAUUUUUAGCUUCCCUUGAAGUCGUUAGGAGAGGACAGUGGAACUUUUACAGGUAA